AUGGCUUACGACGCGCCCCCGCUCGGCACAUUGAAGCGCAAGAGGCGACGGCGCGAGGACAAGCCGGCCAUUUCAGCGCGACUCUACCUCGACGUCAACUUGAAGGGUGAGGUCGGCGUGCUUUCCGAAGACCUGCUGCAAGACCUCUACCCUUUCCUCGCCGGUCCCGACGAUGCCACCGUCUACGCCGCAAUCACCCCAUGGACCCCCAACCCCUCGCUGUCCGACUCCCCCUGGACUCUUCUUCCCUUCCGCAAACCUCGGAAGACCGAACGCCAGCUUCCUCCCUCCACCAUCCGCUUUCCAGCCACGGCCUUGGGCACGCAAAGUUUCGUCAAUGUCGUGCAGACCCUGUCUCCCAACCGCACCCUUCGGCUAAACACCGCGGUGGAGGUGCGUAUCACCGAUGCUGUGCCCUUGCCGCUGGAAACUGUCUACGUUGCUGUCGAUACCGAUGCCCUCCGCAAGCUCGAAGAUGCACACAAGAGAUACGGAGGCGGAUUCAUGAAUGCCAAUGGCUAUGCGGCACGCAAGUCGAGCAGGCGCCCUACCACCCCCACGAGUCCUGUCAAGGCUUUGGAGGAGGAUGAUGUCUUUGGAAAUCCAGACAAGCAUCGACAGCUUGUCCACGAAGCUCUCUCCAGCAUCACAGUGUUGCAUAACGCCGACAUCAUCCCAUUGCCCAUGACACAUCCAGUCACGCAUGCUCCAGCGCCCCCAGCGAAAAUCCUUGCAUGUGAGCCGGUGAUGCAGGGUGUAAUGUCUCCAAAUUGCAAGAUUGUGAUUGUACCUACGGCCGAGAAGCGACAAGGCCCUCACAGCGGCCGUCCCAUGCUAUCCUCUCGCCUUCCCGAGGAAUACGAGGAAGAUGAAGACACCACCAACGAAUCCUUCUACUCCGCCAACGAAGAGAAUUCUCCCGCCAAACCGGUCGUCAUUUCCAAGUCCGCAACCGACAUGUCCAAUACCGACGACUUAUUCGACUCCAGCGCGGAAGAGAGUAACCUGUCCGACGACUCUGACGACAUGAUCUCCCUCGCAAAGCCUGGCCUGCUCGAUCAGCCGUCCGGCCUGAACUCUGCUCUCACCUCUGCGACCCCUCGACCAUUCGGCACCAGGACUGGCGUCAGCACCCCUGGUUCUGUCUACUCCAACAUUACCAGCAGUACCGUGCGGGGUGGCCAAUCCAAUCGAAGCAAAGUCUUUCGAGUGCAAGGUUUGCUGGCGAAGAUUCCAGAGACCUUGCUCCAUCCCAAGCCGGCCAGCGAUGAGGAUGAUGAGGCCAGAGUCUAUGUCGAUGCCACAGCUCUCGCCAGACUGGGCUGCUUUUCCGGGGACUGGGUCAAAGUUGAGCCCUCGGAAAACCGUAUGUUGCCCCAACUCAGUGCCUUUAGUGCCUUUGACGAUUCGCUGCCGCAGGCUUGGAGGCCGGUCAAAAUCUAUGGACUACCCGAGAGCAUGUCGAAACGGCCGCAGCGAUAUCAAGUCAACCCCAGGCAUGGCCGGCGGGACAGCAUCUCAUCUCUGGCCACCAACUCUUCUGCUGUUCCAACAGCUUACCUGUCGCCAGUCUUGCUUGCAAAUCUCAACCAAGCUGAGAAUGUCAGUCUAUCCCUUCUCUCCUUGGGCAAGCGAAUGACUUUGAAGCGGCCCGCCACACCUCGCCCUGGCUCAGUCUCCGCGCGACUCCCUCCUGUCGCAUCCGAAGUCACUCUGCGCAAAGUGACAACUCCAAUAUCGACGGAACGAGCACUUAACCAUGCUCUGUUUGCAAAUCUAAAGGAACACUUUGAGCAGAAGCAGCGUAUCGUCAAGUCUGGAGACCUGAUUGCCGUCCCCAUCGAUGAAGACCUCGGCAGAUCGGUCUAUGAAGGCGAUGUUGAGAAGGAAUCAUCGUCCAACAACGAUCUACUGACGAAGUGGAACGCGGACACAACACAGGACUCAGCGACGUCGACCCACGCGAAGAGAGCGGUAGCUUGGUUCUGCAUUGAAGACGUGACUGCAACGCCCGAUGAGAGCGACCUGCUUGAUGGCAUUGAUGUGUGGGCUGGAGCGGCACUGAUCGACCCCACCAGGAUGACAAUGCGCCAGUCUGGAGAUGAGAGGCGUCGGUUGCCGCCGGCGACGAAGAAUACCUGGCCGUACUAUCUCGGCGUGCAAUCCCAUCAGUCGCGGCCCACCACGUCAAGUGGAGGUAGCAUCGGAAUGCUGGAUCCCCCUCAACGAUACACUUCGGACUUGCAGCGUAGACUUCGCGAGCUGAUCUCCGUCUCAACAAGUCCUCGCGCCAUUCAUCUCAAGAUGCCGCCUCUCGCAGUCCUGCUCACCUCCACUCAACGCGGCAUCGGCAAAGCAUUCUCGGUGCAGCAGACUUGCGCCGACCUUGGACUUCACUACUUCCCCAUCGAUGCCAACGAUAUCCUGUCGGAAAGCGGUUCCGGCUUUGAUACACAAGCGCAGGGCCUUCUUGAAGCUCGGUGUGAUAGAGCGUUGGAAUGCGGUGCUGAGUUCACCGUUACAUGCAUCCGACAUCUGGAGUCCUUCACGUCCGAUCGUGUGGUGGCAUCAUUGUCCGGCAUUCUUGGCAAGAGCCGAGCACUGGUGGCCACAACAUCUGACAUUGACAAGGUGCCUGAUGCUGUGCGUGGUCUGUUCACGCACGAGCUAGAGGCAUCGGCACCCGAUGAGCGGGAACGCGAGGGUAUCUUGAGGAAUGUCGUCAACGGCAUUGGCUUGCCAUUGGCACAGGAGGUGGAUCUUGGCGGUAUUGCUGUCAAGACUGCGGCCCUUGUUGCCAGCGAUCUCGCCGAUGUCGUAGACCGAGCCAACAUCGCGAGAAACUCGAGAGUCGAGGCGUUGGCGGCGAACCUAUCCACCAUCUCCGGCCAGAAGAUCACGACAAAGGACAUUAUGCUCUCAGGAGGCGCCGCGGCCAAUGCCAUCAUUCCCGCCGAUUUCGACGAAGCCGUCGACUUUGCACGCAAGAACUUUGCCGACUCGAUCGGCGCCCCCAAGAUCCCCAAUGUCCAAUGGUCUGAUGUGGGAGGGUUGACCCAUGUCAAAGAUGCCGUCAUUGAGACCAUUCAGCUGCCACUGUCCCAUCCGGAGCUGUUUGCAAAGGGGUUGAAGAAGCGCAGCGGUAUCCUGUUCUAUGGACCGCCGGGAACAGGCAAGACGCUACUCGCCAAAGCCAUCGCUACAGAGUUCAGCCUCAACUUCUUCUCCGUCAAAGGGCCCGAGCUACUGAACAUGUACAUUGGAGAGUCGGAAGCAAACGUACGCCGUGUGUUUCAGCGAGCUCGAGAUGCGAGGCCUUGUGUGGUGUUUUUCGAUGAGUUGGACUCGGUGGCUCCUAAGCGUGGGAACCAAGGCGAUAGCGGUGGUGUAAUGGAUCGCAUCGUGUCGCAAUUGCUUGCCGAGCUGGACGGCAUGAGUGAUGGGGAGGAAAAUGGAGGCGGCGUGUUUGUGAUUGGAGCCACAAACAGACCAGACCUACUUGAUCCUGCUCUCCUCCGACCCGGACGCUUCGACAAGAUGCUAUACUUAGGCAUCAGCGACACCCACGAGAAGCAGGCAACCAUCAUGCAGGCUCUGACGAGAAAAUUCACGCUCGAUCGAUCCGUAUCACUCAGCCGCGUUGCUGAGACGCUUUCAUUCACCUACACUGGUGCAGACCUGUAUGCUCUCUGCUCCGAUGCCAUGCUGAAAGCCAUUACUCGAUCGGCGCAACGGGUCGACCAGCGACUGGCAACCAUCAAUCAGGAGCGCAGGGUGAAAGCGUUGAGCGACAUCACCGUCGCGAACUACUUUGAUCACCAUGCCACUGACGUCGACACCGAGGUUUCUGUGACUGAAGACGACUUUGUCCACGCGAAAGAAGAAAUGGCACCAAGUGUUAGCUUGGAGGAACUACGACAUUACGAGCGGGUGAGGGAUGCAUUCGAAGGAGCGACCAAGAAAAAGCCAAACGCGACGGUCAACGAGACCACGUCGAAUGGAGGAGAGCGCGGGCAUGUCCGGCCCAAGUUCAGCGACGUAGUUCGUGAGGACGGGGCCGAUGGUCGAGCGCCGGCAGUGGUCAACGGGAUGAAACGGCCUCAGCGUGGCCAAAGUCACAAGGCUGGCGCCGGAUCCGACGAAGAUGUCGAUUACGUCGUCCGUACUGAUCGACUGACAUUGAAUCACAGCUCGUCCAGACCGAAUUCGAGCAAGGGCAAGGGCAAGGCGAGGCAGACCGACAGCGGCAGCAAUGCGGGAGCGGAAGAGGAUCUGUAUGACUGA